ACUUGAAUAUUCGCGCAACAACACCCAGCUACGGCUCACGUGACUGCAGUGAAAGGCAAACAGCGUCCACGGCUCUCUGAGUAGGCUUAAUGUUACAGCUAGCUGCCCCGGGAGUACAGUCGAGGUUGACAACCAGUUCUAGUUAAAGAAAAAUCAAAUGACAAAGAGGAAUUAUGUUUGAAAACUUCAGAGAACGACUUCACAUGGUCCAGCAGGAUUUCACAACGGGCUUCAAGACUCUUGGAGACAAAUCAAGAGACACCAAAAUCAGGAGGAGAUCCAGGUUUGAAGAAAGCCCUCCUCAUUUCAGUGCUGGACUGGACAUCCUCAGCAGGUAUGAGGAGAGCUGGUUUGUGCUCCAUAGAAAAACUAAAGACUGUGCUCAGGCUGCUGAGACAGUAGAUGGGGACAUAGUGAUGCUCUCAGCACACUGGGAGAGAAGAAGAGCAGCUCUGACACAGCUACAGGAACAGCUGCAGAGCGUGCCGGCCUUCAUCAGUGAACUGGAUGCCAUCACUGCUAACAUAGCUCAUUUGGAAGGCGACUUUGAGGAGAUGGAGAGCAGGCUGGUCUACCUGGAGACACUGUGCUGUCAGUGUGAGCAGCAGACAUCCAAACAGCAUCACAUUAACCAACUAGAAGUCUACAAGAAAAAGAAGAGGAGGGAGUUGGAGGUGCUGGAAGUGGAGCUGAAUUCUGAGCAUGCUCAGAAGGUGGCCGAGCUGGAGCAGGCCACACAGCAGAAACUGAGAGAACGACAGAAAGUCUACGAAGAAGCCUUUAACCAAGACAUGGAGCAGUACCUGUCCACUGGAUACCUGCAGCACAGAGAGCCAAAAGCAGCUGAUGAGGGUGUUCUGGAUCAGAUGACCGUCAGUAACAUAUCAGACCUGGAGGCGUUGGACGACUUCCUCAACUCCACUGCUGAUGACAUCAGUACAGGGUCAUCGCUGACCUCAGGUCCAGACCUCGAGUCCUGCUCGUCUGAAUCUUACACAAGCCAAACAAUCCCGGCCCCUCCCACACACAACCCACCGUCCAACCAGGACGAAACGUGGCAGCCCGAAGACGAAGCGGCCGUCGAGGAGAGCGACGAGCCUCUGGUGCAGUCGGACGAAGAGGACGUUCAGCCGGAUGUGAUACUGGUCGGCCUGCAGGAAGUUGGCACCGUGACGGGCUCUGAUGACAGUGACCCUGCAGGGGACCUGCCCUCUGGGUAACUUAGCAACCAGGCCCCUGAAACUCCA